AAACUUUUGCUACCCAUUCAAUAUUGGGCUUGGGCUGCUCCAACUUCUGAUUUGUAGAAGAACCCAUGAAUCAAUCCAUGUCCACAAAACCUCCCACGUGAAAGGUAAAUCAAUGGCAACCAAGGAAGAAGAUAAUGGUGGAGUCGUGUCAUUUUCUCGUUCGCAGCUGCUCCUCUGCUCUUCUUCCCGCUCAGAGCUUCCCGAUCGAAGUUCAUUCACUAAACAAGACCCAAAUCCUAUAUGUUGCAAUGCAAAGACAGAACCAGAAUGUACUGAAAUGUAAAGCAUUACUCAGUGUUGGAAAGCUCGAAUCGAGAAUAAUACCCAUUUCAAUUCCCUUCUGGUUGUCUGAAAACCCGCAUGUUCGAUUGUCGAUUACAAGGCCCGAAGCUCCACCAUAUCUGAGUAUCAGACAUGAAUUGAUGUUCAAGAGUAAACCCAGAGUUGCUGCUGGAAAUCAGGGGGGGUUGUCCGACGAAGACGAUGAUCUUUGCCCUGUAGAAUGUGUGAGGGAGUUCAAGACGGAUGAAGAGUUCAUCAGAAUUCUAGAGAGGGCGAAGGAAAGUGGAGCGCUGGUGGUUGUGGACUUUUAUCGAACAUCUUGUGGGAGUUGCAAGUACAUAGAACAAGGGUUUGCGAAAUUGUGCAGGGGAUCUGGAGAUCAAGAGGCUCCGGUUAUCUUCUUGAAGCACAAUGUCGUUGAUGAAUAUGAUGAACAAUCUGAGGUUGCUGAACGACUGAGGAUCAAGACAGUGCCACUGUUCCACUUUUAUAAAGAUGGUGUGUUAUUAGAAGCAUUUCCCACUAGAGAUAAAGAGAGGAUUCUUGCAGCCAUAACCAAAUAUUCAUCCACUGCUCUUCAAUUAUGAUUUUAUCUUUGUUCUUCUACACAAAACCUUAUAAUAUUACCAAACAAACCCAAAAUUCUGAUACCAAACUCCAUCCGUCCCUUCGUAUGAUAUGAGUUCUUCGAACUAUGUUCUUGAUGAAUAUAUUUGUUGUGAAUUGUCACGAAGAUUUAGUCCAUGAAUCCUGGAUUCAUGGAUGCCUUUGGUACA